AUGCCACCGCCCCUGCACCCACGCAGUUUCCUCACAUCCUCCCUCUUCGCCACCACGGUCUUCGCCUCAUUUUUCGUCGUCGCUCUACCGCACAUCCUACCCUGUCCCGCGCCGCGAGUCGCGUAUGCUGAUGGGGAAAUGCAAAUGCAAGGGGGUGCGGACGGCCAACCACGCAAACGACGGAGACGGAGGAAGUGCGUGGGUGAGGGUGAAGCUGGUGAAGGGGGGGAGAAUAAGGGGGUUGUAGAUGAGAGGGAGAGCGCUGAGGAAGAGGAUGCGAGGCGGGGGCAAAGGGAUAGCAAGAGUAAAAGGGAGUGUCCGGUGCCGAAGCCGGGGGGUGUGGUAGGGACGUUACUGGGGUUUAGGGGAGCUGGAGGGGGAGCUGGAGGGGAGGAGGAGGAGGAGGAGGA